ACACUCGUGAGAUUUUAAUCACACAGUUUCAUCAUGCCUGAACCCGCUAAAGCUGCGCCCAAGAAGGGCUCGAAGAAAGCCGUAACGAAGACCGCCGGUAAAGGAGGAAAGAAGCGCAAGAGGACCAGGAAGGAGAGCUACGCCAUCUACGUGUACAAAGUGCUGAAGCAGGUCCAUCCUGACACCGGCAUCUCCUCCAAGGCCAUGGGCAUCAUGAACUCGUUCGUCAACGACAUCUUCGAGCGCAUCGCCGGUGAGGCUUCUCGUCUCGCCCACUACAACAAGCGCUCCACCAUCACCUCCAGAGAGAUCCAGACCGCCGUGCGGCUGCUGCUGCCCGGAGAGUUGGCCAAACACGCCGUGUCCGAGGGCACCAAGGCCGUCACCAAAUACACCAGCUCAAAGUAGAGCUCUCACUGAUACCAACACAAAGGCUCUUUUAAGAGCCACCCAAAUAUUUCGUGUAAAGGGCUUUUGUUCACAAUAAUCAACGAUGUAACACUGGUUAAUUUUAGUGUUGAGUUCUACUGAACUAAUAUUAACUGACUAGUAUUUAAUCUCAUUUGGUUCCAAACCUGUUUUAAUUUUUAUUGUGAGCUAAUGUUUUAUUAGAACUUUGUUUCCAGGUUAAAUAAAUAAAAAGGUAAUUGAAGAAGAGUAAAUUAUCAGACUGAACUGCAACGCUUUAUUAAAAUGCCUCGGUGCAUAUAAAAUAGUAAAUAAUAGUGAAAAUAAAUCGUAAAUUAUCAGCAGAUUUAUUCCGCAUUUUAGCUUUUUAUUGCAACAAUUAGCAUUAUCUCCCAUUGUAUCUACCCAGAUCUAGUAGUUUUUAACUAUGUAUUAAAUCAUUGCAAAUUUCAGGCCAAGUAACCCCCGAUCUGAUCAAAGGUUAUGGAUAGGCGUCCUGCAUUUGGUCUACAUGUCAAGAACAGGUUUGCAGAAUCUUCAGUCUUCCAGCAUUAAAGCUAUCAAAUUGUAAAAGCGUCAGUCUUACACUUGACAUGUUAUUAUAUAUGUAAAUAUAGACAUCACCAAUAUGCUAUAAAAUUGCAGGUUACUGAUGUCUCCUGUAUAUCAAAUAACUUCCGAUUGUAAUGCAAUGUGCCCCUUAUGAAAAAGCUUCUUUGAAACAAUAAAAAAGCGACAUACAAAUAAACUGGAAUUGAAUAUGAAUAUCUUUACUUUUUAACAAAAGCAACAUGUAAAUGAGGAUAAUAAUGUCAUUUAUAUAAUCGAUGCUUUCUAACCUUUAAUUUAAAACAAACGUCAAGGACAGUAAAAUGAAUGAUUAGUAAUUGUGAGACGUUGACAAACAGAUUAUGAAACAAUAUUUAUUAUACUCUUCUUCAUACAUACAUCAGCUUUUCUUACAAAACAAUAUUAGAUUUAUCUUUAGAUGAAAAACACAGCAACAUUUAGCAGAGAAUAAAGAGAAAAGU